CUCGCCGGAGUCACUUGUGUGUUGUCUGCACCUUCGGAUCUGGCGUUUGCUUCAGAGAGAGAGACAGAGAGAGAGAGAGAGACAGAGAAAGAGACAGUGAGAGCGAAGUGCGAUCGUGGUGCGACUGAUCGAGACAAUUGAAGAGGAGAAGAGGUACGAGAAGAUUCUCCUCACGGCGACGGUGGCGGUGUGGCGGUGAAUCGGGUGUUUCGGGACCGCUUCUGCGGACCUUGAGCCAACUCGCGGACCUUUGCGGACGAUCAGUCGAUCGAGUGCAGCCAAGCGGUACGGAACGACGGAACGGUUAGAAUCUGGCGGUCUGUAUCUGGCAGCCGCAGAAUAACACGGCAGAAGUGUCAUCGUUCGUGAUCGUACCAAGUGAUAGUGUGCGUGCGUGCGUGCGUGUGUGUGUGUGUGUGAUAGACUCUGUUGCGUAAGGAGUGUCAUCGGCACCGAUUAGCCGGCCUGCGAUCGAGGAAAAGCAGCAGACGCAACCGAACUAGAAUCGACGUCCACUGACGAGUGUCGAGGACCUUUGCCGGUACAAUGUCCACCUGUGCGUGCCCUAUGACGAGCCCGGUCGGGUCAACCCUGGCCGCGCUCUGUGGUGGUGCCCAGUACAUGCUGUUUAUGGGGCUACUGGAGGUGUUUAUUCGAUCGCAGUGUGACCUCGAGGAUCCUUGUGGACGUGCGAAGGCCAAAUCAUCCCGCGGUGUCGAUUACGAGUACGAUUUCAUCGUCGUCGGUGGUGGAUCGGGUGGAUCGGUUAUUGCGUCACGCUUAUCGGAGAUCAAGAACUGGAAGGUGCUGCUGAUCGAAGCAGGACCGGAUGAACCGACGGGUGCCCAGAUACCGUCCAUGUUCCUCAACUAUCUGGGCAGCGACAUCGACUGGAAGUACAACACGGAACCGGAACAGUACGGAUGUCUCGGAUCGCCGGAACAACGUUGCUACUGGCCCCGUGGUAAGGUGCUCGGUGGUACGUCCGUGCUGAACGGUAUGAUGUACAUCCGGGGCAAUCCACAAGACUACGACGACUGGGAAGCGAUGGGCAAUCCGGGCUGGAAGUGGAAGGAUGUGCUACCGUACUUCAUGAAAUCGGAGGACAACCAGCAGAUCAACGAAGUCGACUCGAAGUACCACUCGACCGGUGGUCUGUUGCCGGUCGGACGCUUCCCCUACAAUCCGCCGUUCUCCUACUCCGUGCUGAAGGCUGGCGAGGAACUCGGAUACCAGGUGCAGGAUCUGAAUGGUGCCAACACGACCGGCUUUAUGAUUGCGCAGAUGACCAACAAGAACGGUAUCCGGUAUAGUUCCUCGAGGGCUUUCCUUCGUCCGGCCGUUAACCGAUCGAACCUUCACAUUCUGCUCAACACGACCGUCACCAAGGUGUUGGUACAUCCGACGUCGAAGACGGCGCACGGUGUCGAGAUUGUGGACGAGGAUGGUCAUAUGCGUAAGAUUCUCGUGAAGAAGGAGGUGAUUGUGGCCGGUGGUGCGGUUAAUUCGCCCCAGAUUCUGCUACUGAGCGGUAUCGGACCGAAGGAACAUCUGGAGAAGGUGAGCGUUCGACCGAUCCACGAUCUGCCCGGCGUUGGACGUAAUCUGCACAACCACGUGGCGUACUUUAUCAACUUCUUCCUUAACGAUACGAAUACGGCUCCACUGAACUGGGCCACGGCCAUGGAGUAUCUGCUGUUCCGUGAUGGGUUGAUGUCCGGUACGGGUGUAUCGGCUGUGACGGCCAAGAUCAGUUCGCGGUAUGCCGAGCGUCCGAGCGAUCCGGAUCUGCAGUUCUACUUUGGUGGUUUUCUGGCCGAUUGUGCCAAGACGGGACAGGUCGGGGAGCUGCUCAGUAAUGAUUCGCGCGCGGUGCAGGUCUUCCCGGCCGUACUGCACCCGAAGAGCCGUGGUUACAUCGAGCUGAAGUCGAACGAUCCGCUCGAACAUCCGAAGAUUGUGGUGAACUAUCUGCAGGAGGAUCAUGAUGUGAAGGUGCUGGUGGAGGGCAUCAAAUUUGCGGUCCGUCUGUCCGAGACGGCUGCCCUUCAGGCGUACGGCAUGGAUCUAGAUCGGACGCCCAUCAAAGCAUGCCAGGAGCAUGACUUUGGCUCUCAGGAAUACUGGGAAUGUGCCGUACGACAAAACACCGGUGCCGAGAACCAUCAGGCGGGUUCGUGCAAGAUGGGUCCACCCAGUGAUCCGAUGGCCGUCGUGGAUCAUGAGCUGCGAGUGCACGGUGUACGGAACCUGCGAGUUGUCGAUGCGUCCGUCAUGCCGAAGGUUACCUCGGGUAACACGAACGCACCGGUCAUCAUGAUCGCCGAGAAGGGUGCUCAUCUUAUCCGUAGGGCGUGGGGAGCUCGCUAGACAGCUCCUAGCAUUUACCGUAACGAGAUAGGUUCAUUUACACGAUAAGCUUCGCGAUUUACAGAGACGUACUACUCUUCCCAGUUCACAGGUUUCCCCCGCAGCUAUGGGGUCCUUGCUUGCUCUCGUCUUGUCCAGAAAUUAAGAGGGCAUUUCGCUCUUGUAACGUUCAUGUAACGUGUUUUUACUGUCCUUAGAAUGACUUCGCCUUCCUGCGUACGUCCACUUGCAUCGGACGAUGUUCUACGUUCUUCAUUGUCCGCUCUUUUCUCUGACUCAUCGUCCGGUGGAACUUACAUUCAAGUGAGCUGAACAGAGCCGGAGGAAAGUCGAACCAAGU